UCUUGUCCCUUCUGCACACAAAUAAGCAGAACCUUCUCCUUGUGUCCCUUCGCCGCCUCAAUAGAAGCUUUCAGUGUAUUUAAAGCCUUGAUGGCUCUCAGUAUACAUGUAGAUGAAGAAGGAAGUUUAGAGCGGAGAAGCAAGCAGCUACAAGAAUUGAUGAUAGCAGUAGAAGGAAAGCCAGAAUUGGAACAAUCCGUGCAACCUGGCUUCAUAGAUCAAGACUUAUGUAAAGUAGUAAAGGAAGGCAAUGUGGACAACUUCCUUGAAGCCUUGGCAACAGUUUCAAAAAAUCUCUCUCUGCGGUCCAUCUUUGAUCAAGCAGGCCCCUCGCAGAAUUCAUUGCUCCAUUUGGCAGUGAAUUUCAACAAGAAAGAUAUUGCAGAACUCAUUGCCUGUCAUUUUCCAGAACUUAUUUCCAAGCGGGAUGUGAAAGGCAAUACUGCUCUGCAUUUUGCUGCAAGAAUGGGAAUCCUGAAGACCGUAGAAAUUCUUGUAAGGCAUGCAAAUGAAUUAUCUACUGCAGAUGUUUCAAGCUCAUCUUCCUCUACACCCAAGAAUGAUCCAAAUAAGAAUCUAGAAACAAGCAGUUCUAAAAAUCGAUUAGCGAUGAUGAAGAAUAAGCUUGGAAACACUGCUUUGCACGAGGCCGUGAUGAAUGAUCACUCUGAAGUGGCUCGAUUCUUGGUUCUUGAAGAUCGAGAAGUGUGGUAUUUUGAAAACGAGCAAGGCUGGUCUCCAAUGUGUUUGGCAAUCAUAAAUGGAAAUCAGGAGAUUCUUCGUUUACUAUUGGAAUUGCAACCUCCAGCAACCCGCUAUGGCGAUGUACUCUCAAGGCUACAGGGAAACUCACCAGCUCAUGUUGCCAUAUAUAGAAGAUGUUCUGGUAUGUUGGAAGAGAUGGCGAAUGCAAUUCCUGAACUUAUACUGUUCAAAGAUGCAUAUGGGCGAACUCCUCUUCACUGCGCAGCACAAAUUGGUGAACUUGAUGCAGUUGACAUCCUUGUAAGAAUAUCUAGAUCAAUCAUCUUUGAAAAAGACAAUGAUGGCUAUUUUCCAAUUCACAUUGCUUCCAAAUGUGGUCAUAUUAAGGUAAUAAAAAAGCUGGUUAAGUGCUGGCCUAAUCCAGAAGAGCUGCUCACAGAAGAAGGUAGAAAUAUUCUUCAUAUAGCAGCCAUGAAUGGAAAAGAUAACGUGGUGAGAUACAUAUUGGCCACUCCUGAACUGAGGAAGAUUUUGAAUGAGAAAGACAACAAUGGAGACACUCCAUUACAUUUGGCAGCAGGUUACUGUCAUCCUGGAGUUGUGCUUUCUCUCACACGCCACAAGGAAAUCAACUUGCAUGUUCGCAACAAUGAAAUGUUAAGUCCUUUUGGUGUUUUUGCGAUGUACAAGAUCUUCUCCUCAUCCGAAGAGAUAAAAAUGCAAUACUCUAUAACAGGCGCUGCUUUAAGUUCAGCCGGGUGUAAAAUGUCUCAUUUAUUAGGGAUACACAAGGAAAAGCGAAUUCCUCGCAUGCAUCCAGAGCUAUCAAAAAAUGAAUGGAUGAAGGAGCAAGUUGCAGGUAUGUUAACGGCAGGAACACUUGUGGCCACAGGCACCUUUGCUGCUGGUUUCGCCUUGCCCGGUGGUUAUAACCCAGACAAAGGAACAGCAACACUGAUAAACAAUCAUAUGUUUCAGUUGUUCAUGAUUUGCAACACCGCCUCUUUCUACUGCUCCAUCAUCUGCCUUUUGUGCUGUGCUUAUUCAAUGCUCGCUGAUGUCCAUUUAGCUGCAAAUGCUUUUGACAAUGCAAAGAUAACUUUCGGAGUAGCUCUUUUAAUGAUGUCCCUGGCGUUCAUGGCUGCAUUACAUGCAGUAGCAGGCAACCUUUCUUGGCUCGCCUCUCUCACUCUCAUCAUGGGAACCAUCGCUCUUCUAACCAUCGCUCUUGUCGUUCUUUUUUUCCUCUCCACAGUAAUCAUUUUCCCAAGUGACUGGAUUCUGCCUCUGAUGCGUUUUGUCUCCUACUACAUCCAUCGACUAAUGGUUUUCGUACUUAUGAAACACUAUCAUUCUGAACCUCCUGCUUACUUAUCAAAACAAUCCAGCAGCGAGAAUAUGAAUGAAAAAUCUAACGACAUGGAUGAAAAAGAAGCUAUAAAACAAGUAGGAAUUGAAGAAUAACUUGCUUAAUUAAUAUGUGUGGAAAGCAAGUUUCUAGAGAUUAUUGUAUCAUCAUACUAUGAGAUUGUUGUAAGUGUGUCAUUUACAUGCGCGUGAUGUGUUUAAUUUUAUCUAAUUAAUAAACAAAGUU